AUUUCUCGAUGGAUGUUUUUUUCUCUUCUUUUUCUUCUCUCUCUCCCCCUCUCUCUCUCCUGCCAAGGGGAUUGAGGUCUUGCCCAAUCCUGCAGCAGCACGUCAUCAGACGGUCAUCAGCGAGCCAGCAUCUCGUCUUUUUUUUCUGCCCGAAUUACCGGUACGCUUUGGUAGGGGAUUCAAGGGGAGAAGAGUGAGUAUUGCAGUAUUAUUAUUAUUGUUGUAAUCGCCGUUAUUCAGUAUUACGGAGCUGGAUGGAUUACCGGUAGUCCAUUUAGAAUGGGGAAACGUGGGGGAAAAGAGGUGGAAAGGGGAAGAAAGGAAAAGAAGCAGGAAUGGGAAAAACCCUUUCCCUCUCUGCCUUUCUACCGAUUCCUUUACCUCACUGGAAUUUCCUCUCCAUUUCUCCGUUGUGAAAGUUGCUGUGCUUUCACCGUUUACCGUAGUCUUAUUAUUGAUCGACAGAGUCAGGAGUCCCGCUGAGGCAGAAAGCGGGAGGCAGUAGAAACAGCAAAAGAGAAGCGUGAGGGUUAACCGUUCAGCCUCUCUCUCUCCACAUCGUCUUCUUCCUCUGACUCCCAUCCUCCCUCUCAUACACACACACUUUGUUUCUUCCCCUUUCCCCCGCACAUUUCGCUCAGGGCCCGCCUCUUGCUCGCCCGCUGUUGCCUCAUCCCCGAGUCUCCGCUUUUCUUGCGUCGGCCCUCGUCAUCCACCGCUCCUACCAUCAUCCCCAUCUCUCCCUUUGGCCGCCUUUCCCUCCAUCCCCCUUCAACCUGCAGACUUCCCACUCAAGCCAUAUUUAUCACCCUCCUUCUGCCCUGGUUUACAUAUCGUUCUUUGCGAGUUCGCCGAUUACGGAAUCAGAGAGUGCUGCCUCGUACAUAGCCCGCUUAGUCGGUCAUCCUGGCUUCAAGAUACCGGAUUCUGAAUUCCACCCUUCUCGUGACACAAUUGCUGAGAGUGCUAACGGCCACUGUUUUUCACUUCUGCACACCCCAAUAACCCUCUCUAAAGAUGAAGCAUCUCCUGAUGCUUCACAUACCCCGAUUACUGCUACCCGCAUCCAUUCUCCUAUGUUUGCUCUCGUGGUCGAACCCGGUGCUGGCCGAUAGGCCGGGUCCGGUGACAAGUGUGCAUAAAGCCGGAGUUUGCGCACUGCGCGGUCAGGUAUCAUUCUCAACUUCUACUUCCUGGCCUUUUUCAGAUCCACCCCCUGAGUUCGACAACGCUAAUGGUGGUGAUGCGUAGUGCGGCAAGAAAUCCUUCUUCGGAGCACAAUUGCCGUGUCCGGAUAACACGCCAGCUACUGAGCCAAGCUCCAAGACGAGGAAACGGUUGGUGGAGAUUUGUGGAGAUGCUUGGAAGGAGGGACCCGUCUGCUGUGGGGAUGAUCAGGUGCGUUGGGAGGAGUCCUGUCUGCUUGUUGCUCGAGUUUUGCUCAUCCUGGCUGGUUGGGGAUUUAGCUCGGGGACUUGUCGAAAAAUUUGAAGAGGGCUGAAGCGCUCAUCGCUUCUUGUCCUGCUUGCAAAGCGAACUUUUUCGACCUCUUCUGCACCUUCACUUGCUCACCUGAUCAGUCGUUGUUCCUCAAUGUCACCGCCACCCAAACCGCGAGCACUGGGAAGGAGGUGGUCACAGAGUUAGACUACUUGGUCUCCCCUUCCUACGGGAGCGGGUUCUUCGAUUCGUGCAAGGACGUCAAGUUUUCUGGCACCAAUGGCUAUGCUAUGGAUCUUAUUGGUGGGGGUGCGAAGGAUUACCCUGCGUUUUUGAAGUUCCUGGGAGAUGAGAAGCCGUUUGGAUCACCGUUCCAGAUUGACUUCCCCCCCGGAGACAAAUUGAAUGCCCCGAUGAAGGCUCUGGAUCAUUCGCCCAAGAGGUGCAAUGACGGGGAUGUGGCCUAUAGAUGUUCUUGUGUUGAUUGUCCUGCUGUCUGUCCCGCACUUCAAGAAGUUGAGGUGGGGGAGGAAUGCAAGGUCGGGGUAAUUCCUUGCCUUAGCUUCGCGGUUAUACUCAUCUACUCAAUUUCGCUGCUUAUUCUUGUCGGAUACACCGCCACUGAAUACUACGAGAAUUUGAAAAAGAGGAGUUCUGAGCGUUCCAGACUAUUGCAAGACAGCGCGCCGAGCGAUGAUGAGGAUGAAGGUGAUGUCGUGGGGGCUGGAAUGAUGGAUAGGCCUUAUAGGGAAUAUUUCUUGAAUUCACGUUUGGACGAUUUGUUUUCCUGGUUGGGACAUACAUGCGCAUCUCUCCCCGCUAUUACGAUCUCAUCUAGCGUCAUAAUUGUUGGCUUGUUGAGUUUAGGUUGGCUUAGGUUCAGUAUCGAAACAGACCCUGUGAGGCUGUGGGUUAGCCCCACAUCCGAAGCUGCUCUGGAGAAGAAAUUUUUUGACGACAAUUUCGACCCGUUCUAUCGAACACAGCAGGCGUUCUUGGUUAACGAUACCACGGAAGCAGGCGCUUCUCCAGUUCUGAGUUAUGAUGUAUUGAGUUGGUGGUUCGAUGUUGAGAAUCGCAUCAGGAGAUUGAAGAGUUUGAAUUAUGGAGUCACUUUGGACGAUGUUUGUUUGAAGCCUACGGAUGCCGGAUGCGUUGUUCAGAGUGUCGCUGGGUAUUUCGGGAAUAGCUUCUGGAAUGUCAAAGAGGGGACGUGGCGGAGGGAUCUGAGAUCUUGUGCGGCGCAACCUGUUCAGAGCCAAUGCCUACCGGAUUUCGGACAACCAUUGAAUAAGGACUUAAUUCUUGGGGGAUGGCAGGAUACUGGGGACGUUGUGGAUUCUAGGGCUAUGAUCAUCACUUGGGUUCUAAACAACCAUGCGGAGGGAUCCAAGGAACUUGUGGAGACUAUGGAUUGGGAGCAGAGCUUGAAAAGUACGCUGCUCGCUGUGCAGGGCGAAGCUAGGGAGAGAGGAUUGAGAUUGAGCUUUUCAACGGAAGUUAGUCUUGAGGAGGAAUUGAACAAGAGCACCAACACUGACGCCAAGAUCGUUGUUAUCAGCUAUAUCGCCAUGUUCAUCUACGCCAGCUUUGCGCUGGGAAGCACAAGUUUAACCAUCCCUCACAUCCUGAACCAGAGCAGUAAACUCCUUGUGGAAAGCAAAUUCACUCUCGGAAUUUUCGGAAUUAUCAUUGUCCUUAUGAGCGUCUCUGCAAGUAUAGGGCUGUUCUCGGCCAUGGGUGUUAAGGUAACCCUAAUUAUCGCCGAGGUCAUCCCGUUCCUUGUUCUUGCUGUUGGUGUGGACAACAUCUUCCUGAUCGUUCACGAAUUUGAAAGGGUCAACUAUUCGCAUCCGGAUGAGAGAGUGGAAGUUCGCGUUGGGAAGGCAAUGGGCAGAAUGGGUCCGAGCAUUUUGCUCUCUGCAACUUGCGAAACUAUUGCCUUUGCCCUGGGAGCUGUCGUCUCUAUGCCUGCAGUUAGGAACUUUGCUAUUUAUGCCGCCGGUGCAGUGUUCAUCAACGCUUUGUUGCAAGUUACCAUGUUCGUGGCGGUGCUGUCGCUGAACCAGAAGAGGGUCGAGAGCAACAGGAUGGAUUGUUUCCCCUGCUUUAGGGCGCCCGGUGGUUAUGAGAGCAAUGGCUCUGCUGCCAGCCUUGGAGGAGGAAUAAUGUCGAAUGCGAGAGGGGAGGGAAUUAGAAAUGCACCAGGGUUCUCUAUGGAGGAGGAAGGCGUUUUGCAGAAAUUCAUGAGGAAGGGGUAUGCGCCGGCACUAUUACAGAAAUCCACUAAGCGGGUUGUUGUGGGAUUGUUCUUGGGAUUUUUCACCGCCGGAAUCGCGCUCUUGCCAAAGGUCGAACUUGGGCUGGGUAUGAUGCGCCCCAUUUUACCAAGUCUGGAUACUGACGUUUUUGGUAUUUAGACCAGAGAAUUGCCAUUCCAAAUGAUUCAUAUCUAAUUGGCUACUUCAACGACCUUUACCAUUACCUGGGCGUUGGGCCACCAGUCUACUUUGUGACCAGGGAUUAUAACGUCACCACCAGGGAAGCUCAGCAGUCACUUUGUGGCCACUUUUCGACAUGUGAUACAUUUUCACUUUCAAAUGUUUUAGAGCAGGAGAGAAAACGUCCCGAGAUUUCAUAUAUUGCGGAACCCGCUGCGAGCUGGAUCGAUGACUUCUUUCUAUGGUUGAACCCCUCCCUUGAUCAAUGUUGCAGAGUCAAAAAGAAGAAUCCUUCCGAGCUCUGCGACGAGUUUAGUAGUGACCGCGUCUGCAAGGUCUGUUUCGAGGACCGAGAUCCAGCCUGGAACAUCACCCUCAACGGUAUGCCCGAAGGCGACGAGUUCCUCGGCUUUCUAGACACCUGGCUGCAAGCUCCCACGGGGGAAGAAUGCCCAGUAGCUGGCAAAGCCGCCUACUCACACGCAAUCGUUCCUGACCACGACCGCAGGACCAUAAAAGCCAGCCACUUUCGCACAUCCCACACUCCGCUUCGCAGCCAGAGGGACUUUAUAAACGCCUAUGCCUCCGCCCGCCGUAUUUCUGAGCUUCUCUCGCACAAGUCCGGCCUUGAAGUCUUCCCUUACUCCAAAUUCUACAUCUUCUUUGACCAGUACUCUUCCAUCGUCGGCCUCACAGAGGCACUCUUACUCGCAGCGCUGGCGUGUAUAUUCCUGGUCUCUUCUAUAUUACUUGGAAGUGCGCAGACGGGAUUGGUGGUCAGUGCUACGGUACUAAUGAUCGUCGUGGACAUUCUGGGCAUAAUGGCAGUCUGGGGCGUAAGCCUCAACGCAGUCAGUCUAGUGAACCUGGUGAUCUGCGUUGGUAUAGGCGUUGAGUUUUGCUCGCAUGUUGCCCGAGCUUUCAUGUUUCCCAGUCGCAGCGCCGUCGACCGCGCUCGCGGCUUCCGUGGCAAAGACGCUAGAGCACUCAGUGCUCUCACCAACGUCGGCGGUUCCGUAAGCCCCCCCUUUCUUCCCCUCCCCGCAUAUUCCCUCGUGGCUAAUGUGUACAUAAAAAGGUAUUUUCCGGCAUCACCGUAACCAAGCUGAUAGGAGUCUGCGUACUCGCAUUCACCCGUUCCAAGAUUUUCGAAAUAUACUACUUUAGGAUGUGGCUUGCCUUGGUCGUUGUCGCCGCUACGCACGCGUUGAUUUUCUUGCCUGUUGCACUGAGUUACUUCGGCGGCGAGGGAUACGUCCCAGACGAUAGCUACGGCGGCCUAGAAGAAGACCUGAGAAGCCGGACAUAUAGAAAUCUCGUGCCCGCGGAUUAUGAUGAGAGCUCCGAGGAGGACUAGUUGGUCCGCCCCGAAAGAGCGCACGUAAGAUGGUAUGAACAUGAUAGAUUUGCAAGCAUGGGUGGAUUGGGAACUUUUGGGUGUUUUUUCUUUCUUUCUUCCUUUCAUAGCAAAUAGCAUCUGGUACCCUUCGCUUCUUUCUUCUCCCUUCCUAUUACUCGUACUGGCUUGAGUACAUAUUUUGGUUUUCUGCUUUUUUUUUUUUUUUUUGAAAAAACUGGUUGGUUCAUUAGUUUUGCUGCGAGUCUCGAGCCAUACCUUGUUAUGUCAUGUUCGCAAGGUCCGGUCCGGCGCGGCGCGGCGUUGGUUUGUACGGUAUGCUAGGUAUAGUAUAGUAGUAAGUAUGGAAGUCAGGGCGGCUUCCCUUUUUCUUACGCUCUCUACGGAUGGAUGGAUACGCAUGGUUAGUAGAUUUCUUGCUUGAGCUUUUAGUGCUUUUUACCGCGGGAGGGGGUUGGGAAGGUUGGCUAAUAGACAUUGAUAUUGAUAUUGGUAG